AGAGUAACUUAAGAAAUCUGGAUCAUUUAUUUUCGAAAGCCGUAAAAACUCAUAUACUCUAAUUUCAAAUCUCAAACAUGUCGCUGGAACUGGUGCCCCGACCUGAGCCUCAGAUCUAUCUUGUAGCGUAUGAAAUGAGUGUGCCCGAAGAUUCCGAUGAAGCCCUGAUUUCAGUUGUGGCCCACAAAGCCGCAGAGCUGAAGGUGUGUGGCUACAUCGCGCAUACGCACUGUGGCCGCAAAGUGGGCGGCGAACUGGAGGGCAGCGAGACUAGUCUGCAGAUGAUGGUCGAGUGGAUGCAGGCCAGGAGCCAGGGGAACGAUCUCGGGGACGGGGAGAAGAUCAAAAGCCAGAUGAAGGAGCCACGAUUCUCGAAGUGGAAGCUGCAAUCAGGGGCCAAAUACGAUGUUUUCUUCUGCUGCUGAGUGCUGACGAGAGGAGUUGAUUAAAAAUCGCAAAUUGCAUUGGCCCCAGAA